AUGGCUGCGACACCUUUGAUGAAUGAAUUUCCCGAGCUAGCCCAUCUUACACGCGAAGAUCUUGAAGACAUCCUCAAUGAUCCCGCUUACUUCCAGAGCAUAUUCCAUUCCUUACCUCAGGUCAAGGAAUUAUAUCAAGCUCAGGCUGAGCUAGGUAUGGCAAACGAAGCCAUCGCUCGAACAAACCUAUCACUACAGGACCGUCUGUACGAGUUGCGGACUGAAACCAAAGAAGCCUUUGAUAACGCCAAGUCUAUGGAGUCUCGCUGGAAGGAUCUCGAGCGCGAACAACGAGAGGUCUAUCAACGGUUCAACCCUCAGUUUCUUUUACUUCGUCUUCGUCAUGCGACUACCGCACAAGAUGAUGCCUCAGAGGCUCUCGCAUCAUCAUUUGUGCAGUCCUCUCCGUCUUCCUCGGGCAACGAUGCCUCAGAUGUGGAUGAGUUCAUUAGAGAAUUUAGAGAGCUUAGGAAAGUCUACCACAAACGAUUGAUGUGGGGUGAUAGGUGGGCUUCUGGACAGGUGUCCUGGGAGGAUGAUUGA